AUGAGGGGUAGACUGGGUUGGUAUGGGCGCGCCUCCCUUCCCAUCCACUGCAUUGUGGAGCGGAUCUCUUCGCCGGGAACUAAUGCGACGGCCGGUCAGGGAGGAGGAGUGGUGGUGGGCGCGGGCGGUUCGCAGCCACCGGUGCCGACGACAACAACGGGUCCUUCAUUGGCCACUACCUCAUCAUCAGCUGCUGAGUCGAGUCCGUCGAGUGUGUGCUCGUCGGCGGUCGUCGAGCAGGACUCGUACGCCAUUAUACCUACGGGUGUGCUGUUCGCCGAUCUCGUGCGCACAGCACUCGCCAAACUGGGCUACUCGGCCGCUGAGACCGUCGGUGCGAAAGAUAGUCAUCCAAAGCGCGGAUUACGGAUAAAAUUCUCUCAAUUCUGUCUCCUAUUGGAGAUACGCUUCACAGCAUCGGCUCUAUUAGGAGCUGAACCUCUGGUGCACCAGAAGGUGGACCAAACCGUAGCACAUCUUCAGCUAUACGUUGCCUACGGUUUCCUUCUUUGUAUUCGUGUAAUUCAGUUGAAAAACUGGAAGCCUUUAACAUUGGAUCAGAUCAGUGAUAAUACCGACGCAACAGUCGGUGAUAUUUUGGGUGAUAUCUCAUCUGUGGCUACGCUUCGCAUCCGACUCUACAGGCCACGUAUGAACGCGGCUCAUGAGUUAAAGGACAAACUGCUGCAAGUCUUACUGGCCAACUCAUACAGCCUGCUCACCAACUCCGGCUGUCCCAUCGAUCAGCAAAUUCUCAACGGUUUGUGUCGGAGUGGAAGAGCGGAACAGGAGAUCACGGAUGAGAUGAGGCGGCGCUUCGAUCAGUGGUAUUUGCAACAGUUCUUCACUCACUACAGACAAAUGGCGAUCGCAGCCCAACAGCCCCCACACCAGUCCAACCCCCGCCGCACUCCCACUCAUCCGCUACUAAUCGACUUGAAUCCCGCCUCCAAUGGCGACCAUUUGCACCAAAAUAUGGUCAACAAUGGGUCCAAUCACUCGCCCGACAAACACCCGGCGCUUAUGACAAUCUCGUCGCCAUCUAAUAACCAACAGCACCAACACAUGGGAUCUGUUCGCACCCGUAUUCGCACGUCGUUUGACCCCGAAUUAGAACUGCCGAAACUGCACCGUUGGUUCUCUGAGAACAGACACCCGUCGAGGGCUCAGGUCAUGGAAUACGUGAAAGAACUCAAUUCACUUGAGUCGAGGAAAGGCCGCAAACCACUGGACAUUAAUAACGUGGUCUAUUGGUUCAAGAAUGCCAGGGCUGCUCACAAACGCGCAGAACUGAAGUUCGUGGGCGACCCCAGCGGUGCUGACGGCCUCAUCAAUGGCAACAGUCCGGGAAAGACCGGUUCGGACACGAGUGGCAAAUGCAAUGACAGAAACGGGUCGGCAAUCGAUGACUACUACAGUCUGGACGAAGACGGCGACUCAUCCCACGACGCGACCCAAACGCUCGACCUCUCGAUGAGACCGUCCAAAAGGGCGCGCUCUGACAGUCCUGAUAACGACGGCGAUUAUGUCAUAACAGCCGUCAAACACGACGACGACAUCCAAAACGAUGUCAACAAUUGUAACAAUAAUUUAAUCGUAAACUUAAAGACUGAACAAAUGGACCGAAACGACGGCUCCAGUGAUUGCAGUGAUGGCGACGACAGCGAUGAGGAGAAGGAGUACUUCGAUAACAUGAAUGCAUUCCCCGCUAUGGGACACAUGAAUAGCAACUCUAAUAAUAUGUCGACUCUUCCGGAAUCGCCAGACGGCCGACGCACCCGAAGGAGUCGCACAUUCAUUGACCCGAUGUCUGAGGUGCCUCGUCUGGAGCAUUGGUUUUCAGUGAACACCCAUCCGGCCCACAGUCAGAUCGUGCGCUACACCGACGAACUCAAUAACUUAGCCUAUCGUCAGAAGUUCCCAAAACUGGAGCCAAAGAACAUUCAGUUCUGGUUUAAGAACCGAAGGGCCAAAUUCAAGCGCAACCUAUCGCUGCCGACGACACACCACUCCUCCCAAAGUCCGACCGAAAUCCGUGAGUGGACUCAGAAUACUGUGAGGGAAGCGGUUCUCGAGUUACUGCGAGAAGUAUCUCAAAGCAAACUCUCAAAACUGUGCCAAAUAUCUCAGCCGCUUCUGUCGGGUAUUGUUAACAACAAAUUUGAGGGAAAAAUCGGUAAAAAGAAAUGCGAAGACUUCGGCAAAUGGUAUACCGAUUACAGGAGAGCACAUCCGACCGUUUGUGGCGUUAGUCCUCACAACCAAAGCAGAGAUAAUACAAGAGAAGAGGGAAGUGAAGAGAAGGCAACAGAUUUGGACACAAGUGUUGCUCAAACGACUCAGACCUGCGAAACGAGAUUAACGUUUCAUUCAUCGGCAGAAGUGCCACAACUUAGACAAUGGUUCCGAUCUAAUCCCAAACCAUCCGAU